AUGAGUCUGGACAAAGAAAUUGACCUCUGGUCACCCUUCACCAGCGACACUCUGUUGGAGGUUCGCACCAGCGUGAUGAAGAAGAUGCCCGGACUAGAGGUCACGUCCGGAAUCGACAAGGAUUUGAGGCAUGGCCCCAUUCAUGUUUCGCAUCUCGGGCUCGAGGCGGAUGAGCAUGAUCCAACCUUUCAUGGCGGACCGGAUAAGGCGAUCCAUGGCUGUAGACACAUGAACGAGCGCAACGUAUGCAUCGGCGAUGUCAUCGCUGUUGGUGAUAACGUCGUGCUCCAAGUCAGUUUGCCACGACAACCAUGCUACAAGCUUAACCACCGCUUCCAGUUGAAGAACUUUGCGCCCACGACGUUCAAGUCUAGUAGAACUGGCUGGUAUUAUCGUGUUCUGAAAGUGGGAACAGUCAAGGCUGGCGACGAAAUCAGGCUCAUUGAGCGCAAAUGGCCCAAGUGGACCAUUGAGAGGAUCCAGGAGUACCUGCACAGGAACCAAAAUGACAUGGCCAUGAAUAAGGAACUUGCGGCAAUUGAAGAUAUGGGCAAAGAAAGCCGUGGAGCAUUCCAGCGACGAGUGGCCAAGGCCGAGGCUCAAGGCAAGAGGGAAAAGGGGGACCGGUGGAGAGACUUUAGAAUCAUUGGAAAGACAAAACAAACCUCAAGAGUCGCGUCGUUUAUCCUCAAGGCCGUCAACCCAAUCGAGAACCCGGAAUAUCUCGACAAAGGAUCCCACGCAAAGCUUAAGCUACCGAACGGUCUCCUGCGGUCUUAUUCCAUCGUUUCCGGGGACCGCAAUAAGUUCGAGGUCGGCGUUGCUCUCGAGGACACAGGCCGUGGGGGGUCCAUCUACCUCCACAACUCCACAGCCAUCGGUGACAUACUUCAGGUUGGGCGGAUGACUGCCGACGUUAAAGUUGCCAUUGCUUCAAGCAACCACGUCUUUAUCGUAGGCGGUAUCGGCAUAACCGCCUUUCUGGCCCUUGCUGAGGCUUACCACCAAGUCCACUACAGUUUUGAGAUGCACUACGCUGUCCGCUCGGCCGACGAUGUACCGUUUCGUUCUCGCUUGGAUGCUCUUGGCAGAAGUGUUCUACUAUACGAUCGUUCUAAAGGCAAGCAGAUGGACAUUGGCGAAAUUUUGAGAACGCUCAAGUGGAACAGCCAUGUCUACGUUUGCGGACCGACGAGAAUGACGGAGGCCGCAAGAAUAGCCGCGGAGGAAUGCGGGCUUGAUAAGAGCGACAUACAUUACGAAGCCUUUGCUGCCGACACAUCCGGGGACCCGUUCGAAGCAGAGGUUCUCAACCGAGACGGCAAGGUCUUGAAGGUUGGCGAGGAGGAGACGCUGCUGGAGGUACUCAAGCGAGAGGUCGGGGGAGAUGUGGAGAGUAGCUGUGAAGUCGGCAAUUGUGGAACUUGCAAGGUUGUGCUCAAGAACGGUCGGGUUGAUCACAGGGGCACAGCUCUGUCCGCCGACGAUAGACUCGAGUCAAUGCUGAGUUGCGUGAGUCGUGGACGACAACAUAUCUUCGCGUUGAGCCAAAUUCCCAACAACAUGUCAACUGCCGAGUCCCAAGGAGAUGGCUUCAUAGUUUUCCCAGUGAAGCUCCCAGCCCUCCCCUCAUACCCCAUUACUGCUCUUCACGAGAUCCGUGUUCGACGAAAUGCGCCCAAGAUACCGACCGAGAUCGAUGAUCGAAGUCUCUUCCUCAAGAAUGUCCCUGUGGACAGCACCGAAGCUCAUUUCCGCCAAGUUUUCUCCGCCCUUGUCGGUCCCGGUCGUUUCGAGAGCAUUGCUUUCGAGGAUGACCGGAAGAAUGCUGCAGCUGUCGACCCAGUCAACGCCGCGAGGAUCAUGGGUCUAGGCAAGAAACGCAAGCGCGGCGAACAGGAGGCCGAGGAGAGGGCCAAGGAAGAAGAAGUUGCCCGACUUCCCGAAACAUGGACGAGGAGGCUACGGAAAAGCGGUAGCAGCGCCAUUGUUCUCUUCGCCGACGAGAAGAGCGUCGAGCUCGUGCUAAAGGCCAUAAAGAAAGCGAACAAGACGACAAAGUUUCCCGUCUGGGGACAGGGUGUCUCCGAAGAUGAGCCAGAGCUCGGCUCAGAAUGGGUAUCUGCGCACAUCCAGCUAUCGCGCUGUGACAAGGCGGCGACGCAAAAAUCGGUACAUGCGUUCUUCAACGUGUUCAAUCGCAAGGAGAAGGAAGCUGCAGAGAUGGCCAAGAGGCUGCGCAACGAGCCAGACGAGGACGGCUUCGUUACUGUUGUCCGUGGUGGCCGCGUCGCACCGGCAAACAAGAACGAGGCCGAGGAGGCCCGACAGAAGAUGAUUGAUAGGGCCUCGAAGAAGAAGGAUGAGACCACGGACUUCUACCGUUUCCAGCUACGCGAGCGUCGCAAGGCGGAACAGGCUGCUAUGCUGAAGAGGUUUGACGAGGACAAGAGAAAGGUCGAUGCAAUGAAGGAGAAGCGCGGCAAGUUCAGACCCGAAACAUGA